UUCAAAACCUGCCAUUCAUACGAAACUUAGUUCAAGCCAAUGAACGACGCCAUUACUUUGUCGUUGAAAAUCUUAAGAAAAACAAGCAAAUAUGUCAGAAUUUGAGCAGUAUGACAGGCCAAAUUCAGAUGUUAAAGAGGAGAAAAAAGAACGAGAGAGACCACGGCGUUCCAGAUCAGGCUCAAGAUCAAAAAACAAAAGGUCACGAAGCAGAGACAGAGACAGGAAGCGCAGAUCUCGCUCAAGGGAUAGGUCUUCCAGGAAAAAUCGGUCUAAAAGUCGUGAAAAAGAGAGCAUGAGGGGACAUAGGAAGAAGAAGCCAUACAAGUACUGGGAUGUCCCACCACCGGGAUUUGAGCAUAUGACGCCUAUGCAGUACAAAGCUCUACAAGGUCCAUCUGCUGGUCAGAUUCCAACAGCAGUGCCUGUACCUACCACCAACAUCACAAACACCACUGUACCGUUUGCUGGUAGCGCCAUCAGCAGGCAGGCAAGACGACUCUAUGUCGGCAACAUUCCCUUUGGUGUUACAGAGGGAGCAAUGAUGGACUUCUUCAAUGACCAGAUGAAGAUGAGCGGGCUUGCCCAAGCAGAGGGAAAUCCAGUGAUUGCAGUCCAGAUUAAUUUAGAUAAAAACUUUGCAUUUGUGGAGUUCCGAUCUGUGGAUGAAACGACACAGGCAAUGGCGUUUGAUGGGAUCAACUUCCAGGGUCAGUCACUGAAGAUACGCCGACCUCGUGACUACCAGGUUCUUCCUGGCAUGUCAGAAAACCCAUCUGUUGCUGUGCCAGGAGUGGUAUCAACGGUGGUCCAAGACUCACCAAACAAAAUUUUCAUUGGUGGUUUACCAAACUAUCUGAACGAGGACCAGGUGAAGGAGCUGUUGACGUCUUUUGGACCUCUGAAGGCUUUCAAUCUGGUGAAGGACAGUGCCACAGGUCUUUCAAAGGGGUACGCCUUCUGUGAGUACGUGGAGAUGAUGGGUGGACCCUCUGUCACAGACCAGGCAUGUGCAGGACUGAACGGCAUGCAGCUGGGAGACAAGAAGCUGAUAGUGCAGCGGGCGAGUGUGGGAGCGAAGAAUGCCCAGGCGAUGCCCGUACAGUUGCAGGUGCCGGGCAUGAACCUGAACCAAGGCAGUGGACCACCCACAGAGGUCCUUUGUCUCAUGAACAUGGUCACACCUGAGGACCUGGAGGAUGAGGACGAAUAUGAAGACAUUCUCGAGGAUGUGCGGGAGGAGUGUGGUAAAUAUGGCAUGGUGAAGAGUCUCGAGAUACCCAGGCCCAUCAAGGGCAUUGAGGUGCCAGGAUGUGGCAAGAUAUUUGUAGAGUUCAACUCGCUUAUCGACUGUCAGAAGGCACAGCAGGCUUUGACAGGCAGAAAGUUCUCCAACCGAGUUGUUGUAACCUCCUACUAUGAACCAGACAAAUAUCAUCGCAGAGAAUUCUAGCUUCAACCACACCACUCAUGGAUUUACAUAUUUUCUAUCUCAAUAUUGUGUUUGACAUUAACAUUCAUUAUGACAUAGUUUUGGAGAAUGUUUUGACAAAACUUAUACAUUGUUCUGAUCAAUAUUUUAACGAUAUUUCAUCUGUAUUGAUGUUAAAACUUGGGAGAAAAUUUCAGUCAGCGAUCCUGUCAUGCUAGGUGGAGUUGUGUAUACUAACAUUAAUCAGUGCGCUUUGCUUUUCUCCUGCGUAUAUUAACUUUUAAUUAAUUUUACUAUUUAUCAAUUAAUUAAUUUAUUUACAGUAUUCAAGGUAAUACAAAUCUGUAUUUACUUCCUGGAUUCCACAAAAUGAACUAUAAUGUUGAAUUGUGAAUCAUUCAUUAACCUUUGCAACAGCUGUUGUAAGACUUGUACUUAAAAAUGAUAUGCAAAUGUUGAAGUUCACGGUAACAGCAUCCUUUAAAUGAUGAUAGAAACAAAAGAAGUGAAAACUAAUCAUCUCUGACAUUUCAAUUUCAUUUUUGAUUCUCUGUAUCCUGAAAUACAUGUGCAUUAUGUUCACACUUGUUUUGACCAUGAAGAAUCAUUAAAAUCGAGUUCAUGUC